CUAUUUUGAUUCAUAUAAAGAAAAAGAUAUGCCGAAAAUAAGCGUAAAACGUAAGCUUAAAAAACUUUACCAGGAGAUCUUCGUGUAUGAUUUGUUAACGUUGGAAAUUUGCGAUGAAAUUGAUGAAAAUAAACUAAAAAGGGAAGACGAAAUUUGGGAAGACUUCACGUUAUCAAUGUGCGUUUUGGGACAAGUUCGGUAUGGGUGUCCAUUUAUUCACCAUUCGGUUCCCAAGUCCGUGCACUUCACCCAAAAUAUUUUGUCAAACCUCGACGAUGAUAGAUUUCGACAAAUUGCUCGAGUGAGCAAGCCCUCAUUUGACGCGAUAUUAGAAUUAAUAAAAAACGAUGAAAUUUUCAAUGGUCCACGUUCUUGCAAGCAAUUUUCUGUAGAAGCACAACUCAUAAUUGUUUUGUAUCGAUUGGGUUCAAGUGGAGAAGGAGCAUCAAUAAGCAAAAUUGCAAGGCUGUUUGGUGUAAGUGACGGCGGAGUAAUACAGAAUAUGACUAAUAGAGUAUUCCACGCGAUUCUGAAAUUAAAAACCAAAUUUUUGUACUGGCCGGACGCUGCCGAACGUAAGAUCUUAGCCGCAGAAACCUUUGAAGAGCUACCACAUUGUGUUGGUUAUGUUGAUGGCACUGAAGUUAAAUUAGCCGAAAAACCGUCUGAAGAUCCAGAAUCUUAUUUCUCGCGAAAACAUAUGUACUCGUUAAAAGCUCAAGCAAUCUGCGACUAUAGGCUACGUAUACGACAUUUGGUUCUGGGAUAUCCAGGCAGUGUACACGACGCCAGAACUUACAACAAUUGUAGCUUGACUACCAGAACAACACAAAUGCUCACAGGGGCAGAAUGGUUAGCGGGUGAUAGUGCUUAUAAAUUAAGCAGCACUCUUAUAACUCCCUUCCGAAGUAAUUCAACGGACGCCAAUGUACAGCAGCGAAAUUCGUUCAACAAAACGUUUAGCAAGUAUCGUAUAAGAAUUGAGCAUUGCUUCGGUUUAUUAAAAGAACGCUUUAAUAGUUUGAAAGAGUUAAAGUUGCAUAUUAAAAAUGAUUCUUCAGUUAAAAUGGCUUGUCGAUGGAUACUGGUUUGCGCAGUUCUACACAAUAUUUUAAUAGUUCAAAGAGACGAGAGUUUUGAAGUAGCAGAAGAAAAUGAAUAUGUCGACAGUGAAGACGGAUAUGUCAACAAUGAAGACGAACCGGAAAAUCAUGUCAGUUCUCAUGACGGUGAAGCCAAACGACGUGCGCUGCUGUCAAUAAUAUUACAAGCUCAUUCUUAAGACAAUAUUUCGAACAAAUUUUGCUUCGCGUCUUCUUUUCUUCGCUUUCUGAGAUUCAAUAGCACUUGUAUAAAGAAGUUAAACAUUGGUACUGAAGGCUGCUAUCAAAUUUAUUACAAUAAAACUAAGCAAUUUUUAUUGAAAUAUGCAUACAUAUAUACUUAUGUAAUAAACGUUUAAACAACA